CUUCUUUUAUUCUUUACAUGUAGUGGUUGAUUUCACUGCAUCAUGGUGAUGACCCUGCCGUGUCAUUGCCCCAAUCCUCACCGACCUAAGAAGAAUUCAAGUGUCAUAUUCCUGAAAGUUGAUGUUGAUGAGUUGCAGGAUGUUGCUAAGGAGUGGGAAAUCGAGGCAAUGCCAACCCUUUUGUUCCUCAAAGAAGGGAAAAUUAUUGACAAGAUUGCGGGAGCUAAGAAGGAUGAGCUUAUUGAUAAAGUUGCAAAGCAUGCAGCUGUGGCUGCUACUUGACUUUGAUUAGCGUUUGGGACUAAAUAAAGAUCGGUAGCAUGAGGCUAUCCAAUUUGAUAAGAAAAAUACAACUUUUAUAUAAAUCAUUUUUGUGACUAAAAACCACAUUCAUCCUUUUUAUUUCUUUUGCAACCUCAAGUUCUCUAUUUAUUUUAGUUUUGGUUUGACUUUAAUGGUGUUUAUUCUGUAUUGUAGGCUAAAACUCUACUUGGAUAUUUAAGAGAACCAAGACAAUUAAAUAAGAGAACCAAGGCAACAAGAAAUUCUUCAAGUUGUUGGGUAUUAUUUUCUUUCUUGCUUGUAAGAAUUAUGUACAUUGAGGAUUUGAUG